GUAACAACGCACACUCUGAUUGGCCUUCAAGACACCCACGAGGGGUCGCAAGCAAAAGAUUUGCGAAAGGGUUUAUUGUUUCUUUGCUUUCGGGAGCCGAAAUUGUUUGCUAUCUACUCACUUCUACAAUCAAAUAACGACAAGUAAAAAUGGCUGGUGGCAAAGCAGGAAAAGACAGUGGCAAAGCCAAGGCAAAAGCAGUGUCGCGCUCCCAGAGGGCUGGGCUGCAGUUCCCAGUGGGUCGUAUCCACAGGCACUUGAAGACUCGCACAACCAGCCACGGUCGUGUAGGAGCAACAGCAGCUGUGUACAGUGCUGCUAUCCUUGAGUACCUCACUGCUGAAGUACUAGAGUUGGCGGGCAACGCCUCCAAAGACUUGAAGGUGAAGCGUAUCACUCCCCGUCACUUGCAGCUUGCCAUCCGUGGUGACGAGGAGUUGGACUCCCUUAUCAAGGCAACAAUCGCUGGAGGAGGUGUCAUUCCUCACAUCCACAAAUCCCUCAUUGGGAAGAAGGGCCAGCAGAAGACUGCAUAGAUGCCAUGUUGACCAGAAGUUUCGGGGCUUGGGCUAUGAUCGGACCAGGAGUUCACAUUUGUUCUUUUUUAUUAUUAAUAUUAUAGCAAACGAAGAGUGAUUGUUAGGCUUUGUGUUGUUAUAUUUUCCCAUAACUAGUAAAGUGCUAAAAAAAAAAAAAAACCCUUAAUGACAAAAAACACCCUUCGUAUGUUAUUGUAGAACGUUUGACUGGGGAGUUCAUGAUUAUUUCAAAGUGGAUUUGUUUGAUUGGCCUGGGACUCUGUAAUGUUUUAUACUGAAAAAGAAAUUGUUAAACCAUUUUUUAUAUAAAAAAAAAAAACUUGUUUUGUGGUUAUUUUCUUGAAGUUACAAUAUUUACUAUAAUACAAGUUUUUAA